GCCAUGGCGGACAGCGGGCAGGUACCGCCGGCACGGGAGCGCUUUGUGUUAGAUUGUCCCUGCUGUGUUAGAUUGUCCCUGCUCAGCUGCAGCCGAGGGCCACAAGGAUGGAUGAAGUCCAAGAUCAGGAUGAAGACAAAGAUCAGGGUGAUGUAGGUGGAGGAAAGAUUCCAAAUAGGAGAUUUUUUUCUCUUUCCCAAAUAACUGCCUUGUUAGAAGAAGAUCUGGAAGGAGUUGAAAAGAAGCUGGAAGAAUUUCUGAAUCUUACACAACGAAAGACAUCUUUAAAAGAAACUAUUUUACUAGAGUAUUAUGCUGCAGGAUUUUGGUGGGGUAAAGAAAUGAACUUCAGUCUUAUCCAGCUCUCACGAUUCUUGGAUCUAUUAAAUUUUUCCUUGGAGAACGUCAGCAGCAAAAGGAUGACCUUGGGAGAUAAUUUAAAAGAACUUGAAAGAGCAAUGACUGGAAUAGGAGAAACUGAGUCAGAAGAAGGAGGUUACCUGAAUUUAUUCAGCAUUGACCAAUCCAAAGCAAUCAUUGAUUUCUUGGUUAUCAGCUUAUUUAAACACUAUAAAGCAUACGAAUACCUCUUCCACGGUCGUAGAGAGGAACCUGUGAUAAGUAAUGAGAAUGAGAUUGAACUCGACCAACCUGCAGUUUCCCCCUCAGCUUCAGCGAUAGAAUCUCAGGGGUCUGACCAGGGGGAUUACCUGCAAGAGCCCUGUCCAGGGGCAGUGUCUUCCGAGGCGGAUGCUGUAGCUGGAGUCACUGCUGAAGAUGAGAAGUCUGCAGUGUGUGAAAUCCCAAAUGAAAUUAUUGGCAACCUUGAGGCAGACUUAAGUGAAAAGCUGCAAAUGCAGGAAGAAGCUUAGACUUGGAGAACAGAAAAAUUGAAAAUUCCUAAAUAGCCAGAUACGAAAGGUGAUGCUGGGUUUUGCAGGAAUUGGGCAGUAGGGGAUGGCACAUACAGAGGCUGGCUCACAACCUGAACCAAAUUAUUUUUGUGUAGAGGAAAAUGGUUCUGUUAACAUUUACCUGGAAGUAUUUCAUCCCAGUUCCUCAAGUUUAUGGUGUUCUGACAGUGUUGUUGCUUAGUUUAGACUUAAGUUGAAGAUUAUAAACAGAAGGACACAUAAUUAAAAGUUGAAGUUCAGUUUAUUUCUGAAUACAAAUUCUGACUUAAAAAAAAAGCUGCAGUUUCAUUCUCCCAGUUGUGAAAUACUUAACAGUUUCUUCUUUACACCUACACCAUUUUUUUCAGGAAAUGUUGCUACAAGGAAAAUACAUAGAGGGAAAACAUUAUUUUGAGGCACUGUAGAUAUAAUAGGGAGAGGAUUUAAUUAACAUGUUAUUACGCACCUUGCACUGUAGCUGUUCAUUAAUAAUAUGUAUGUUAUUUUGUUUUAAUUUGCUUCCUAAGCUUUAAAAAAAAUUUAAUAGCUCACACUUCUUUCUUUGAACCAUAUUAAAAUUUCAUAACUGAAGAGUUUGCACUUAAGUAUUCCAAGAAGAGUUUCUUUAGAUUUCAGUGGAUUUUUUUCUGGAAUGCAUGUAUCCUUUCAUCUGAGAAUGUUUCCAUAUUUUGUCAGACAUUAUAGAAAUGUUUCAUGCUCAAAAGGAAUCCAAUCAAAUAAAUGACCUCAGAAGAACUGGUUGAACAUCUCUGUUUCAAACUUGCAGCCUGUAUUUGUUGUGUCACAGAACUCUGUGCCCUAGCAAGCAUGUGAAAUACAAGUCACGCUUUGAAGCAUAAAGGCUGGAUUGGAUUGCAUGUUUACUGGAAUACAUGAGAAACAGAGUAUUUUAUUCAUUGCAUUUUCAUAUUUAUUUACCACUAAAUAAAAAGUUAGAUUUUGUUUCA